GCUAACUGAAUUAUUCCUUCACUCGAACAACUGCACACAAAAUAAUGACUGUGAUUGGUACUCUGAUCACUCCUCCUGGUUAUCAUCGUUCGUGGCGCGCCCUGAUCGCCGCCAAGUACAGUGGCGUCAGUGUUAACGUGAAAAAUUUUAUUCCUGGUGUAACGGACGCCGGUGCGGAUUUUCUAAUCAAGUUUCCUUCUGCCACGGUUCCCGUAUUCGAGGGCCACGACGGCACUUGUCUUUUCGAUGCGAAUGCUAUUGCGUUUUUCCUCGGAACAGAUGAACUACGAGGAGGCAAAAACGAACAUCUUGUCACACAGUGGGUGAAUUUUGCCGAUAAUGGCAUUCUUCCCGCUGUCGCAACCUGGGUCUAUCCUUGUUUGGGUGUUACUCAGUAUAAUAAACAAAACACAGAAAAGGCGAAGACGAAUCUGCGUUCAGUUAUGGCUUACCUGAACAAUAUUUUUCGCCACACAACCUUCCUCGUCGGCGACCGUUUAUCUCAAGCAGAUAUCACGGUAUUCACAGUCUUCCAUCCAUUGUUUACAUAUGUUCUGGAUGAGCAAAAUCGAAAACCCUAUCCUCAUUUGGUUCGUUGGUUCAUGACAGUGGCAAACCAACCAAACGUUAUUCAAGUGGUGGGGGAAGUUAAUCUCUGCGUCAAAGAAGCUCAUUUCGAUGCUCAAAAGUACGCAGAGUUACACCCAAAACAGGACGCUAAGAAAUCGAAACACGAAGAAAAGACUCAGAAACAGACCAAGGUUGAGAAAACUGAGAAGCCUCUUGAUGAGAUGGAGGAUGAAGAAGAACCAAAACCUAAAAGCAAUAAUCCGUUCGCCAGUUUGCCCGAAGGAACAUUUGAUUUAGAAGCAUUCAAACGCAUCUACUCAAACGAGGAUAUCGAAACUGUUGCCAUUCCAUAUUUUUGGAGUCAUUUUGACCCUGCAACUUACUCACUAUGGUAUUGUGAAUACAAAUAUCCGGAGGAUCUGGGCAUGAUAUUUAUGUCUUGCAAUCUCAUCAGCGGAAUGUUUCAGCGUCUUGAAAAGAUGUUGAAAUUUGGAUUCGCCAGUAUGUGCAUCUUCGGGGAGGCCAAAAAUAGCACUAUCAGUGGUGUUUGGUGCUGGAGAGGUACAGGACUGGCUUUCGAACUACAUCCUGAUUUGCAAGUGGAUUACGAGAGUUACUCCUGGCGAAAGUUGGAUCCAGACGCCGAAGAGACAAAGACGUUGGUUCAUGACUAUUUCCUACAGAAGUUCUCGGAUAAACCGUUCAAUCAAGGCAAGAUCUUCAAAUAGACUACUGUGGUUAUAAAUACACUUAUGGUUC